AUGGCUCCAACCGCACCCAACCCGGCGAGCAACUUGCCCGCCAAAAAGACCUCCGUCCCCGAGAAGAAAUACAAGUGCCAAUUUUGCAAUCGCGCCUUCAGCCGAAGUGAACAUCGCAGCAGACACGAACGUUCGCACACCAAAGAAAGGCCAUUCAAGUGUUUAAAAUGCAGGAGUACAUUCGUGCGCCGAGAUCUCCUGCUCCGUCAUGACCGUACCGUCCACGCAAAGGACGGUGGGAUACCGCUCGUUUCUGAGGGUCGGCGACGUGGCGGUGGCGCAGGCGUGCGAAAGCCGUCUCCCGCGGCCGCCCCGUCGAAGCCUUCGAUAACGAUUGACCCUGCUACCCUGGAACAAAUUGAGGCAAGCAGUGAUGGUAUGGUUGACCUUGAAACCGCAGCCAUGUUGAUGACAGAUUUCCAACAUAAGGCCGCAGCCGCCGCCACUGGUCAAACCAAUGACCGUGCUGAGUCGGAUCGCUCGUUUUCCCCGGGACGCGGCUCACUCCUAGAUCCCUCCGUGUCAUACCUGUCGGGCAACGCAACGUUACCGCAAAUGCCCUGGGACACGCUUGUCUCCCCUGCCGACUCGAAACACAUGGGAUCCUCGUUUCUCUCGCAAGAGAGUGGCUCAGAGUCGCAUAUGGACCGGCACGGCCCUGUGGGAGACGCCCUGGCUCCCUCGCUACACUCGUUGGUCAACUCGCUCCCGAUGUCUGGAAACUCGACCCCGAAUGCCCUGUCGCCGUAUCCCUCAAUGACAGGACCGGUCAGCCCGGUCAAUUACCGCCGGUCUCCUGGGCCGAGCCAAGCCCUGACGUUACCCAAGGCUCCGCAAAUCGCCAACGAGAUGGAGCGCGACAUGGUCCUCGAACGUCUGCAGAAUGCGGAUUCUCUCGGGGUGCUUCCGGACACUUUCCAGCUCCCGGCGACGAUAGCUCUGAACAAGUAUCUGUCGACGUACUUCAACCUGUACCACCCGCAUCUGCCAUUCUUGCACCAGGAGUCUUUCAAGCCUACCGAAACUUCACCGCCACUGUUGCUCGCCGUUCUUUCCAUCGGUGCUCUGUAUGCGUUCGAGAGGCAGCACGCGUUUAUGCUCCAUGUUGGAUCCAAGAUGCUUGUCAACCAGUUCCUGCAGCACAAGGAUAACUUUGAUUCCAGAAAGUGCCCGCUCUGGGCGAUGCAGAGCACGCUGUUGAACAUGAUCUUCGAGAGCUGGAGUGGCGACCCCAAGGGGCUCGAAUGGACCUGCUCUAUCAAGAGUCUUCUUGCCAAUAUGGUUGCCGGGAACCGCUAUCAAUUGAAGCUCCGGACCGAAGCACGCGACGGUCAACCGACGACCCGCGAUGAGUGGAUCGAAGACGAAUCCUGCCGCCGGACGUACUAUGCGGUUUAUAUCUUCUUCGGCAUGCUCACGUUGACUUUCAACCACACUCCCGCGAUGAGCUUUGACGAGUUCGACAACCUGGAACUGCCUUCAUCCGAAUCCCUGUGGAACCUUGAUACCUCGGACGACGAGGCGUGGAGACGUAGCCUGGCAUCCUCCACGUCGCUCACCGUGCGCGAAGCCCACGACUGCCUGUUCCAGGGCGAGCAGACGCGUUAUAGCGCCUUCGCGACCCGCGUCCUGAUCAACGCGUUGUUUUUGCAGGUUUGGAACCACAAGAGGAGCUUCGAGGCCCUACAGGACGUGGUGACGGAGUACAAGCUACGCCUGGCGCUGGAGACCUGGGAGAGCUCGCUUGAGGUGUGCGAGCCGGAGACUAUCGUCGUGCCGCUCAGCACCCCCCAGAAGGGCCACCCCUUGAUCUUCAACUCCUUGGCCGUCUAUCGCAACACCCGCGCCCGCUUAGAGGUCGAUCUCAAAUCCAUUCAGGAGGCCUUGCGUUACCAUUCAUCCUACGAAGUCGCUGCUGCGAUGACGGUCGCUCGCGAGAAGGUCAAGCGCUCUCAGGAGAUGAACAAGGUGAUUCAGUCAUGCUUCGAGUGCAUUGAAAUUGCCGCUGUGCAGGGAAUCAACUGGGUCGCAAAGACCUCAGCCACCAACUGGAGCGUCGAACAUCCGCUCUGCGGCUUGGACCUGAUGGUCAUCCUCAGCCUCUGGCUCUAUCGCCUGGAACAUGACGAAGAGCCCGCGACUGAGGCUGAGAUGGCCAUCUACAACAAGGUGCGGAACCUGUUCGAUGAUGACGCCGUCGAUGCGUUUGGUAAACUCAGCUCCACCGUGGCCCGUGUAUGGGGUAACAUCCUAGACGGCGUGGUUGUUUGGGGAAUUACCAAGCUCAUGGGCGAGUCAUUCAAGCUUCAUUCUCAGGCUUUGGUCGGCUACGAAGAUUCGUUGCGCGUGGCCAAGGACCAGCCUAUUCACCCGAUGCCGACGAAGACGCUUGCCAGCGUUGGCACCGCAUACUAG